CUCAUCACCUUUUUUUGGGCUGAAUCUUCAUAUUUUGGAGUAUUUUUUAGCUUAAUCUUAACUUUUUGCAGUUUGGGGUGGCGAGGGUCUUCUUACUAUUUCUGAGGGGCUUUUCGCGUGAAUCUUGUUAGUGGUUUGGGUUUUUCUGGGCUGAAUCUUGGUGUUUUGGAGGUUUUUAUGGACACAGGAUGCCCGGUGAGUUCUAGAGAUAGACUUGGGCAGGAGGAACCCCCAAGCCAACGUGCUCAGCUCUUGUUUUUCCCCCCAUCAGGAUUUCUCCUUCCCAAAGCUUGGGCAGAUGAAGGAGGCUGCGAGGAAGAGGAAGAUGCCUUGGGCCCCCCAGGCAGGUGAGGAGGCAGUCAGUGUCCCUUUGGGCGGGUGUUGUGCUGGCUCUGUCAGCCGAGCAUGGCCCCGGCUGCAGGACAACCCCGCUGGCGCCGCCGUCCUGCCGGGGCCGGAGUUGGGGGGAUGUCCUUGGCCUUCCCUGUGGGCCGGAGGCAAAUCCCCUCCCUGUCCUUCUUGCUUCCUGCCCCAGGCCCCGAGCUGAGGAUGGAGAGCCCAGAGGACAAAUCCCCCCGGCAGAGCCUGGUGGGAGAGGCCGUUUUGAAGGGCUCCCCGGCGCAGGAAGGCAGCGGGGAGGAAAAGGGCCGGAGAUCCCCCCGCAGGAGGGGCUCCAAAGCCAGCCCAGGGGGCUCUGAGGAGGAAAGAGCCAGCCUGUGCCGGGAAGGCGGCCGGAGCUUGAGGCAGAGCUCUGAGCUGGUGGUCCCUGAGCAGCCUCCCAGCAGGGAGAAGCCCUUCAGAUGCUUGGAAUGUGGGAAGAGCUUCAGGAAGAGCUUCAGCCUCAUCCGACACCAGCACAUGCACACUGGGGCACGUCCCUACACGUGUAGGGAAUGUGGGAAGAGCUUCAGCCAGAGCUCCAACCUCUGCACCCACCAGCUCACCCACACUGGGGAACGGCCCUACACAUGUAGGGAAUGUGGGAAGAGCUUCAGCCAUAGCUCAACCCUCCGCAUCCACCAGCACAUCCACACUGGAGAAUGUCCGUACACGUGUGGGGAAUGUGGGAAAAGCUUCAGUGACAACUCCACCCUCCGCAAACACCAUCGUAUCCACACUGGGGAACGGCCCUACAAGUGCUUGGAUUGUGGGAAGAGGUUUCGGACCAGAGAGAAUCUCCUCAGGCAUGAGCGAACACACACGGAUGAGAGGCCCUUCCGCUGCACCGACUGCGGGAAGAGCUUCAAUCAGAACUCCCACCUCAUCAGGCACCGGCGCAUCCACACCGGGGAGAGGCCCUACAAGUGUGGGGAGUGUGGGAAGAGCUUCACCCAGAGCUUUAACUUGACCUCACACCAACGGACCCACCGGUAAGAGAAGCCCUUGAGUGCAGGAAGAGCUUCAGUCAAUGAACCCCCUGAUUUGGCGGCAACCCCUGGAGUCCAGUGACUGUCAGUUCAGUCCAUCCCUUUCGACCACAAAGGGCCAGUCCCCUUUCCCAGGGGCAGGUUCUUCCAACAGGACCCUUCCUGGGGUGGUGUGUGGAGAUUCCUGCCUUGGCUGGGGACCCCCCAAGGUCACUGCUGGAGGUUGAGAGCAGAGAUCUCCCCAUGAGUGCUGCUCUGGGGGAGUUCCAUCCAUCUCUAAUUAAGAAUUAUUGCUUUUGUGCCAGCUUUAGUAGAAUUGCUUCAACAAUUGCUUUAGUGUAGAGCACUGUCCUCUCUUAUCCUGUACUCCUGGUAGUUUUAGUGUUUGUAUUGUGCAGUAAUUAAUUGUGAUGAAGAUCUUUUGUCUGAUCAUUUGUAACCCUAAAUAAAUUCAUUUGUAUCAA